UAUAAAAACGAAGGUCCGCUUCCAAUUGGAACGCAGAAUCGAAUUCGAACCCGCACGAUGCACACGACGGCUCAGUUGGACAGUCUGGAGCAGAAGCGCUCAGCCAGCCUGAUCUUCCGGAUCGAGCAGUUGCUGCCCAGCAGUACCACGGCCACCACAUCCACUACCGAAGCGUCCCUGGCAACACCCACUACCAGCACAGCAGUCAGUCCGGCCAAAAAAAUGAGAAGCAAUCCCCGCCCAGGAGUCUACACGUCACAGUAUACCCCCAAGGACACCUGCUCGAAUGCAGUACCCACUGCCGCCUUACUCAGCGCCCCGGCCACGCCCACCGAUUCAGGACGCUCCCACUGCCAGCUGUCCAACGGGGAGCUGAUCUUGUCAGCCUCCCUGCUACGGCAGAUCAAGCUAUCCGAGGAUGUCUAUAGCUUUAACGCCAUCUUCGAGCUGCACGGCGGGCAGGUGAGGGUGCGGCUGGUGCGAGACGUGGCACGAGACGAUGAGAUCGUGGCCUGGUUUGGAGAGGAGCUGGUGCUCCUGAUGGGCAUACCCUUCCUAACGCCCCUUAACAUUCAAGGAAACAAUCGAUACACAUGUCAUCUGUGCCACCUGACCUUCGAGACUCCGCAUCCGUUGAAGAUCCACCUGGCCCUCGGCUGCGGGCGCAGUGCCAUGGAUAUUCUCUGGAUGAGACUGCACUAUGCCCUGAAAGCGGCGGCCAGGAGUCAAACGACGGUGACCCAACUGUCCCCCACGCCAGCAGCCUCCUCCACGUCUUCGGCCUCGCCCACCCACUCGCCACCACCACAGAUGGCCGGCCGCUUCUCCGCCUUCCGACCCAUAUCCGCCCUUACCUCGAAUCUGCCCCUGAGCACUGUUACCACCACAGCUGGAACAACUCUCUCCUACCUGCCCUCCAUCUCGAUGGCCACGGCACCCUUGGCCUCGCAUCCCAUGAAUGCGGCCGCCCAGAUCGAGGCGAUAGUCAGCAACAUGGGCGCCUCCAAGCAGGGUCACCUGUGCAUCUACUGCGGCAAGGUGUACUCCCGGAAAUACGGCCUUAAGAUCCACAUUCGUACCCACACCGGAUUCAAGCCUCUGAAGUGCAAGUUCUGCCUCCGUCCUUUCGGAGACCCGAGCAAUCUCAACAAGCACGUACGAUUACAUCUGCAGACCCAUCCCGGAAGCUCGGCGCCUGGGGGUGGAGCCUCCUCUCCGGUAGGUGGUGCCGGGAGCGAUGUGGACAUCGAGGGAGAAUCGGAUGCCGGACACCAGUGUCAUAUAUGUCACAAAUCCCUGCCACGCCGACGGGAUCUGUUGCGGCACAUGGAAAGCCGACACGGUGGAUCGAGUCACGCACCAUCAAGCACCACCAGUACCACCACUCGGGCCAUCGACACAGUAACCGGGUCGAGAUCCACCGCAUCCACAUCGAAGUCGAGCUGAGAGCAUGAUGGGGCUCAAAAUUAUGUAGCGCA